CAAAGACAAAAAAAGCAAUCUUGGUUUUGUACAUCCUUUUGGGAGUGGGUAUGCUAUUUUUUGCAUUAGUCCUUGCAUAUGUAUUUUUAAGAUUGCAAAAGAAAAAGAAGAAUGCAGGUCAAGCAGAUGUGUAUAUAGUAAAAGGGCAUGAAAGAAUUUCCUAUCAUGAGCUUGAACAAGCAACGGAAGGAUUCAGUGAAAGCAACUUGCUUGGUAACGGGAGUUUCAGCAAGGUCUACAAAGGGAUACUUAAGGAUGGUACUCUUUUGGCAGCGAAGGUAUUCAAUGUGAAAUUGGAGGGUUCAUUCAAAAGUUUUGAUAUGGAAUGUGAGAUGUUGAGAAGCCUCCGCCAUCGUAAUCUUACUAAAGUUAUCACUAGUUGCUCCAAUCUUGAUUUCAAAGCCUUAGUAUUGGAGUACAUGCCGAAUGGGACACUUGAAAAAUGGCUAUAUAGUCAUAACUUUUUCUUACACCUAUUGCAGAGAUUAGAUAUAAUGAUAGAUGUUGCAUCUGGAAUAGUCUAUCUCCACAAUGGUUGUUCACAUCCGGUUGUGCAUUGUGACUUGAAGCCAAGCAACGUCUUGCUAGAUCAAGAAAUGGUUGGCCAUGUCUGUGAUUUUGGUAUUGCAAAAAUGUUAGGUGCAGGGGAGACUUUUGUUCAAACAAGGACAAUAGCAACCAUUGGAUAUAUUGCUCCAGAGUAUGGACAAGAUGGAAUAGUAUCUACGAGCUGUGAUGUUUAUAGUUUUGGCAUCCUGAUGAUGGAGACUUUUACAAGAAUCAAACCAAGUGAUGAAAGAUUUACUGGAGACUUGAGCAUACGAUGUUGGGUUAGUGAUUCUUUUCCAAAUAAGAUUCAUAAGGUAGUGGAUGCUAAUUUGGUACAGCUAGGGGAUGAACAAACUGAUGCAAAGAUGCAGUGUCUUUUAUCUAUCAUGGAUUUAGCUUUGAGCUGCACUGUAGUAACACCUGAUGCAAGAAUUGGACUGGAAGAUGCUCUUUCAACACUUAAAAAGAUUAGACUUCAGUUUGUCAGUAGUCGUCACUAGGUGGAAUAAGACCGUCGGCUGCCCAUUGCUGCUUGAUUACCUAUGUGGGUUGUAUUAUCCUUUCAUU